CUCCCGUUCCAUUUUUAUCCAAGUAUAGCUAACAAUUAGAAGAAAAAAAAAAGGCUAGUAGGAAAAAGAAGGGGAAAAGAAAUCAUGCCUUUGGUGACAGAUGAGAUCAAAGCAAGUGCAUCAGAGAUGUACAAUGGAAAUGAAAUUUGCCAAGAGAAAUCAAAAUUCUUGCUCAAAGAAGUGGGAUUGCCAAAUGGUCUUCUACCCAUGGAAGACAUGGAAGAAUGUGGACAUGUGAAGGACACAGGCUUUGUUUGGCUGAGGUCCAAGAAAAAAACUGAGCACAAGUUUCAGAAGAUCAGCAAGCUUGUUCAGUAUGCGCCUGAAGUCACAGCAUAUGUUGAGCAGAACAGGAUCAAGAAACUCACUGGAGUGAAGGCUAAGGAGCUUCUGAUGUGGGUAACAAUUAACGAGAUUUAUGUGGAUGAGCCCUCAACUGGGCAGAUUCAUUUCAAGACUCCUGCAGGGCUGUCAAGGAAUUUUCCGAUUGAUGCUUUUCUGGUGGAGGAAACUCAGAAACAUGGUGUCAAGGAAGAUGUGAAGGUUGCUGCUGAUGCUGGUUCCGCUGCCAUUGAAAAUGGAGUUGAUGCUGCAGGCAAGAAAGUUGACGAACAGAACAAAGAAGUGACUAAUGGAGCUGUACAAGUGAAGGAGGUCUAAGACAUAUUGCUGCUGAUCAUAUCAUCUCAAGCUAUAACCAACUUCAUAUGAAUUAAUUAUUAUCAUGUUUUAAGGUGGAUGAAUGACCAUUUUGAUGUACCCUGUGAUCAAUGAUAUGAUGAGGUUCAUGUUUUAUGUUUAUGUCUGUGGUUCACAUUUGCUAUAAAUUUAAUGGAUAUAGUAUUGCUUGAUGUUGUUAUA